AUGGGUUUGCGUGAUAACUACUCGGGGCACCAUGCUCUCUCACGUUCACUUUUCACAAUCACUCUUCACGAUUACCUCUCACGUCACCCCCCUCACAUUCACUAUUUCCCUCUAAUAUGCAUGUCCACCCUUCACGCCCAUCCUUCGCCUUCAUUAUUUGCUAUUUUCUGCUCACUGUUGACCUCAACUGUCUCCAUCAUAACAGAACCCAGAAAAACAACGUUGAGUGGAAGUGAACUCCCACCUGAUUUGAUUCAUUUUUCUAUUACGCAUUUCUCCCCCAUCUAUCCGACUACCUGCAUGUUUAUGAGAGCACUGUGCACGGAAGAAAUUAUGGGACGUGUUCGAAUAGCUUCCAUGCAGAGUGUUCACGGCUCAUCACUCGCUCAAUGCUGCCCCCAAUCUUGUCGGAGCAUCAAACCGCUCCCAAAAACACAAAAUCCAGAAAGCCCAAAACUCUCCCUCUCACCAUCAUAA